UGGAAAGUUGGUUUCACCAAAAUGGAAAAAUUUCAAGGGAUUGAAACUUCAGUGGAGGGAUAAAAUCCGUCUCAAUAAUGCCAUCUGGAGAGCCUGGUACAUGCAGUACCUGGAGAAGCGCAAGAACCCAGUGUGCCACUUCGUGACGCCGCUGGACGGCUCCGUGGACGUCGACGAGCAUCGUCGGCCAGAGGCCAUUGCAACAGAAGGGAAAUACUGGAAACGAAGAAUUGAGAUGGUCAUCAGGGAAUACCACAAGUGGAGAACAUACUUCAAGAAAAGGUUACAGAAACAUAAAGAUGAAGAUCUUUCCAGUUUGGUCAGGGAUGAUGAUGUGGUUCUGUGGCAGAAGAGGAGGUAUGGCAGGGAAACCCCCGUCCCCAUGGAGGAAGGAAGUCUCUUGGAUGCAGAUAUGCUCAUGUCCGAGUUCACCGACACGCUCUUCUCCACGCUGUCGUCACACCAGCUCGUGUCCUGGCCAAACUCCAGGGACAUAGGGCACUUAGGAAAUGCUGACAUGAUUCAACCAGGGCUUAUUCCUCUCCAGCCGAAUUUUGAUUUUAUGGAUACCUUUGAGCCUUUUCAGGAAUUAUUCGCUCCCAGUCGCUCCAGUAAUUAUUUCCCUUCUGUGUCUGCUGUCAGCUCAGCUACCACAGACAGCAGCAGCCACUCCUCCCAGUCUCCUGUCCUGCCGUCAGGUUCCUUGCCCAACACGCUUCCAGCUGAGAGCAUCAGUGAUGGGCUCAUUGCCUCCUCAGUCCCUGCUCCUGUCAUUCCUGACGUUGGCACUGACCAGUGUUCCAGCAUUAGAAGCGGGGGAUCCUUCAUCCAGCCAGCAGACUUCACUCCAGACUCGUCCCUCAGCGGGCCACAGACUUUUAUGCCAGUGUUCCAGACACCCUUACCACUGCUGCAACCUGCCACUCCACAGCACCAGUCCCCACUGCCCACGGUGCCUCUGACCUCCAGCCUGAGCUCUCCACCCGCUGCGUUUGCUGCCCCAGAAGCCCCCAAGUAUGGGCUCUGUGAAUCCACAGUGAUCACACACACAGCUUCUGCCACGCUGACCCACAACGCCCCUGCCACCACCUUCAGCCAGAGCCAGAGCCUGGUCCUGGCCACGCAGCAGCCAGGGGCAGGAGUGCCCUGUAACCUAACUGCUGUGGUGCAGGGGCAGCCCCGGCCCCAGCUGCAGUCCCAGCUGACGUUUGCACUCCCCAAAGCUGUUCCUCUGGCCAGUGCUGGGACAAGGCCCACGCAGACAUCAGAAAUAGUGCCUGCUCCGAAGCCUGAAACAGUGUCCUUAUUGGUAAAGAAUGCCUUCAUCACCCCAGCUGCCUUUCAGGGACAGUCCAGAGCUGUGAUUGUAACUCCAGCACCUUUAAAAAGAGAGGGGAUUUUGACGCCAGCCACGUCUCAGUCUAAUGUUGCAAUUGCACCAGCUGGAAUUGUCAGAGCUCCCGUGGUGACCGAGUUCCAUAGUAACAUUCUGGUUGGUCCAGCACAGCAAGCACCAAGUAGUCAACAAAGCCAGUCCACAGUCUCACAUCUCUUCUCUCCUAGUGUAGUCCAGGAUGUGCUGGUGAAAGGAGAGCACAUCCCUUCCCACAGUUGCAGUUCACAAGUUCCCUCACCUACACCUAGCCGAGACUGUCAGAAUUCAGGCCAAGCUUCCCCCUGCACCCCCGAGCAGAGCCCCAGCCCACAGUCUCCUCAGAACAGCUGCUCAGGAAAACCUGCCACGGACCCCACGAUGGCUGCACUUAAGAAUCGAAGGAUGAGGCGUCUCUCAGAGCAGAAACGAAGGUUUGACAUCAAGAUUGCUUUCAGCACUCUGAGCAGUUUGGUGUCAGCCAACUCCAAGUUGAUCAGCCACGCAAGCACGCUGCAGAAGACAGUGGAAUACAUUGCCAAGCUGCAGCAGGAGAGGACUCAGAUGCAAGAGGAAACCAAACGCCUGCGGGAGGAAAUCGAGGAGCUAAACGCCACCAUCAUCUCCUGCCAGCAGCAGCUCCCUGCCACCGGCGUCCCCAUGGCCCGGCAGAGCCUCGACCACAUGAGGAAGCUCUUUGAGGAGUAUGUGAGGAGCAGGACCCUGCAGAACUGGAAGUUCUGGAUUUUCAGCAUUAUCAUCAAGCCCCUGUUUGAGUCCUUCCAAGGGAUGGUGUCCACAGCAAGCUUCAAGGAUCUCCAGGAGUCUGCCCUGGCCUGGCUGGAGCAGCACUGCUCUCUGCCCGUGCUCCGGCCAACGGUGCUGAACACGCUGCGGCAGCUCAGCACCACCACGUCGAUCCUGUCGGAGCCGUCGCGCCAAAAAAAAAGUCAUCAAGAGAGCUGGGGACACCUAGGAGCCAGAGACUCUGA